UUAUACUUUAUUUUCGGUGAUUGCGAAACUGUCAAAGUAGAGCCUCUAAUGAAUGACUCCUGUUGUGACUUUAUUUCAUUUUUCUUUUUUGAUAACAGAAAUCAAUAUAAGUUAUUUAAUUAGAUACACUUAUCAGACGUGAUAAAUAUUGACACGGGACAAUCUUAGAUAAUCCUUAAGUGUAAUCGGUGAAGUUUAAAAAUGGAAGACAUAUUUCAGUGGUGUAGAGAAGGAAACGCUUUGCAGGUGCGAGUUUGGCUUGAUGAUACUGAACAUGACAUGAACCAAGGAGAUGAUCAUGGCUUCAGUCCGCUGCACUGGGCCUGUAAGGAAGGACACAUGAAAAUUGUGGAGAUGCUAAUUCGCCGUGGGGCACGAAUUAAUGUUACCAAUAUGGGAGAUGAUACACCAUUGCAUUUAGCUGCUGCACAUGGGCACCGGCCUAUCGUACAACUGUUGCUACAAAACCGAGUGGACGUGAACUUUACGAAUGAGCAUGGCAACUCUCCAUUACACUAUGCAUGUUUCUGGGGCUACAGUGCAAUUGCUGAGGACCUUGUACUUGCCGGAGCACUAGUGUCUCUUGCUAAUAAAGAUGGGGAUACACCCCUGGAUAAGACUAGAGGACAACUGGUACAAAGAUUGCAUGAACUUGCCGUUCAACAUGGACAGGAUCUAAAGAAGAUUCAAUUCAAAGAUCAGUCAUGGCUCGGCUUGAAGACCAGAAGCCGUGAUGCGACACUUUCACGUCAUAAAGGCAUCAAUAUUAAUGAGCUGGCGUUGCAUACGAGAAUCGCUGUCACUCCAUCUGGUGAGACGUGGCGCGGCCGGUGGCAGAAGAACGACAUUGUGGCUAAGAUAAUAGCUGUGCGCGAGUGCACGCCGCGUGUACAGAGAGACUUCAACGAGGAGUUCCCCAAACUGCGCAUCUUCUCGCACCCCAACAUACUGCCUGUUGUUGGUUGCUGCGUGUCUCCGCCAUCUCUGGUGGUGAUAUCUCAGCACAUGUCGUGGGGCUCACUGUACAGUCUGCUGCACGGGGGCGGGGGCGGGGGCGGAGGCCGAGGCGGGGUGGUGGUGGACGCGGGGGCUGCGCUGCGCCUGGCGCGGGACGCCGCCGCCGGCAUGGCCUAUCUGCACUCGCUGCAGAGAGACCGUGCGCUGCCUACCUAUCAUCUCAACAGUCGCCAUAUUAUGAUCGAUGAAGACCUGACGGCGCGCAUCAACAUGGCGGACUCGAAGUUCUCGUUCCAGGAGCGCGGGCGAGUGUACGCGCCGGCUUGGAUGUCUCCCGAAGCGCUUCUGAAGCCCGCAGCGAAGCGCAACUGGGAAGCUGCGGAUAUGUGGAGCUUCGCAGUGCUUCUGUGGGAACUCGCCACUAGAGAGGUACCGUUUGCGGAUUUAUCUCCGAUGGAAUGCGGUAUGAAGAUAGCACUCGAAGGGCUCCGUGUGACAAUCCCGCCUGGUGUGUCGCCGCACAUUGCUAAACUGAUCAAGAUCUGUAUGAACGAGGAUCCAGGCAAACGACCUUCUUUCGAAAUGGUACUACCUAUAUUGGAGAAGAUGAAACGCUGAUUAAAAA